GGUUUGGUAAAAAUGUUCUCAAUAUAUAAGUAAGAUGUCUUGUAACAAACAAAAUAGAAAGAUGUAUGUUUAGAGAUGGGUCAUGGAAGAGCACCAAUUACAUGCUGAAGGUUCACAUUUCAGGUAAUUAUUUUUAAAUAAUAGUAUUACACUUUGCUUCAAUUAGUUUAGCAAGGCUGGACCUUUGGUAGUGUAAAAUGAAAUAAGAGCCAGAUUGUGACUAUGUUCUCUGCCAGUGUCUGUAUCAGAUUUAAGACACAUGCCACAGGCUUUUAUGAAGCCUGUAAAAAAAAAGUUUAAAUACAGAGUUGAAUUACAGCUCUCUCUAGCUCAAAACACUGGCUCUUGCACCACCGUCUUAACAAGAAGCUGCGGCAUGGAGCAGCAAGAUUUUAACCUUUCCUGAACCACAAAUGAAUGCUGAAUUUCUUCUUGUCUUUGAGUGGGAUUAGUCUUUGAGUGGGAUUAACUUUAUGAGCUGGUAUUUACAACCUGUGUUUGCUACUGUCUGAAAAUAUUUUUUAAAAAAUAUUUUGUAUUUUUUUUAUCGUACAAAGUUUCACAGGAAAUAAAUCACAUGGUUUAAGGGAAUUGGACUCAACCACAUUGGAUGCUGCUAGUGCUGUUCUUGUUUGUUUACUUCCCAUGUUAUGGUUUUCAAGUUUACAGCCGAGGGGGAUGCAAAUUUGGAUUGUGUGUUUUUGUAAGAAAAAAAAGUUUAUAGAAUAUGUAUUUUGAAACAAUUUCUGGUUCAGUUCUAUGAUAUCAACCUUGAAGCAAGCAAAGAGUGGAUCUUAAACUCAAGGAUGUGCAAGCUGUGGAUAACUAUAAACACAUUAAUGGUGGUUUUUCUACAUCUAAUGCAAGGUUUUGAACAUGGAUCUGUGAAGAGAACAGUGGAGUGGUCAGAAGAGCAGCUCAGGAAGGCUGCCAGUCUGGAAGAGCUCCUUCAGAUUACCCACUCAGAGGACUGGAAGCUGUGGAAAUGCCGAUUAAAACUCAAGAGUAUGUCUACUUUGGAUUCCAGAUCUGUCUCUCAUCGUUCAACAAGAUUUGCAGCUGCUUUCUAUGAUAUUGAGAUGCUCAAAAUUAUAGAUGAGGAAUGGCAAAAGACUCAGUGUGUGCCAAGGGAGACCUGCGUCGAAGUUGCCAAAGAGCUGGGAGCAGCAACCAAUAAAUUCUUCAAGCCUCCUUGUGUGAAUGUAUACCGAUGUGGAGGAUGUUGCAAUGAAGAAAGCUUGAGCUGCAUGAACACUAGCACAUCUUAUGUCUCCAAAAUGCUUUUUGAAAUUUCAGUACCUAUUACAAAUGUGCCUGACCCAAUUCAGGUCAAUAUUGCAAAUCACACUGGUUGUAAAUGUUCCACAGACCUUCAGCACCAAAUAUAUACUGUCAUACGAAGAUCUAUCCAAUAUCCCGAGGAAGUUCGUUGCCCCUAUUUAAAUAAACGGUGUCACGAUGGCUGGACAUGGGACAAUGAGAAAUGUGAAUGUGUAAUAGACAAAGAUCAUCUUGACAGAAUGGAAGGACUCCCUCCACUUGCUGAACUUGCUAUGUGUGCACCAAAUAUGGACUUCGACGAAGAAAACUGUGAGUGCUUCUGUAAAUGGAAAUGCACUGGCAAUUUAUUUCAGAACAAAGAAAACUGCAGCUGUUACACGUGCACUGAGAACCAGGAAAGCUGUUCUCAGAAACAUAAGACAUUUAAUGAAAAAACAUGCAGUUGUGAAGAUAGAUGCCCACUUCAUGACAAGGUGUGUACAACUGCUCGGCCAUUAUGUUCAAGGCACUGUCGCUGCCCGAAGGGAGGAAGAAGUCCUCAUGGAUUCCAGAGCAAAGAAAUUCCAUAACUGAACAUUUAUCUCUUAAAACAAGCACCACCCUACUGUGCAAAGUUAAUUGCCUACCACUGGCUAAGAAAUUGUAAAAAUAAUCAUGGAUAUGGAUGACUUUACUGAUUAAAUCCAGUCUGCGUUUGUUAAUAGAAAGGUGGAUUUGCAAGGAUAUUACUGUAUGUAGCCUCAGAUUUUGGCAGAAACAAAUUACAGUAUUGUUGUUUUACAUUUAUAGCUGCUGUUGCAUGAAAAAUAAAAUGGAUGGAAAAAAGGAUAGUAAUCAUCCUGAAGACUAAAAAUGUAGAAAUAUGUUCUAAACCAUCAGCCUACGUCUAUAAUGAGCAUAUUUUUAGAGCAA